AGGUCUAUGGAAAUGCAGGACCUUGCAAGUCCUCAUCCUCUUGUUGGAAGUGGUGAUACUCCUGGUAGCUCCAAACUGGAGAAGGCUAAUCUCAGCAGUACAUCUGUCACCACAAAUGGAACAGGAGGGGACAACAUGACUGUUUUAAACACUGCAGACUGGUUGCUGAGUUGCAACACCCCCUCUUCCGCAACAAUGUCUCUCCUUGCAGUCAAAACAGAGCCUUUGAACAGCAGUGAAGCGGCAACCACCACUGGAGAUGGAGCCCUUGAAACUUUUACUGGGUCAGUAAUAACAAGUAGUGGCUACAGCCCCAGAUCAGCACAUCAAUAUUCCCCACAGCUAUAUCCUUCCAAGCCCUAUCCACACAUUCUUUCUACACCAGCAGCUCAAACGAUGUCUGCCUACGCAGGCCAGACUCAGUAUUCGGGGAUGCAGCAGCCAGCGGUCUACACAGCCUACUCACAGACAGGACAGCCCUACAGCCUGCCCACUUACGAUCUGGGCGUGAUGUUGCCAGGCAUCAAGACGGAGAGUGGACUUUCACAGACCCCAUCCCCAUUACAGAGCGGGUGCCUCAGUUACAGCCCAGGGUUUUCCACCCCACAGCCAGGCCAGACGCCGUAUUCUUACCAGAUGCCAGGUUCUAGUUUUGCACCAUCAUCUACUAUUUAUGCAAAUAAUUCAGUCUCCAAUUCAACAAAUUUUAGUGGUUCACAACAGGAUUACCCAUCCUACACAGCCUUUGGCCAAAACCAGUAUGCACAGUAUUACUCAACCUCCACGUACGGGGCAUAUAUGACGUCAAAUAACACGGCUGAUGGCACAUCGUCGUCGACCUCAACCUAUCAGUUGCAGGAAUCUCUCCCAGGACUGACCAGCCAACCAGGAGAGUUUGAUACCGUGCAGAGCCCUUCCACACCUAUCAAAGAUCUUGAUGAGAGAACGUGCAGGAGUUCUGGGUCAAAAUCGCGAGGAAGAGGCCGGAAAAACAAUCCCUCCCCGCCUCCUGACAGUGACCUGGAGCGUGUGUUUGUCUGGGACUUGGAUGAAACCAUCAUUGUUUUCCACUCACUGCUCACAGGGUCUUAUGCCCAGAAGUAUGGCAAGGAUCCCCCCAUGGCUGUAACCCUGGGACUCCGAAUGGAAGAAAUGAUUUUUAAUCUUGCUGAUACACAUUUAUUUUUUAAUGACUUAGAGGAAUGUGAUCAAGUUCAUAUAGAUGAUGUUUCCUCUGAUGAUAAUGGGCAGGACUUAAGUACCUACAGUUUUGCAACUGAUGGCUUCCAUGCAGCUGCAAGUAGUGCAAACCUUUGUUUGCCAACAGGUGUAAGAGGAGGUGUUGACUGGAUGAGGAAGUUGGCUUUUCGUUACAGAAGAGUAAAAGAACUAUAUAACACCUACAAGAACAAUGUUGGAGGACUCCUUGGCCCUGCCAAGAGAGAUGCAUGGUUACAGUUAAGGGCAGAGAUUGAAGGUCUCACCGACUCCUGGCUAACAAACGCACUUAAAUCUUUAUCAAUUAUUAGUACUAGGAGUAACUGCGUAAAUGUCUUGGUCACGACAACCCAACUGAUCCCAGCACUUGCGAAGGUUCUCCUCUAUAGUUUAGGAGGUGCUUUCCCCAUUGAGAAUAUUUACAGUGCAACUAAAAUAGGCAAGGAAAGCUGUUUUGAGCGUAUAGUGUCCAGAUUUGGCACUAACAUAACUUAUGUUGUGAUUGGAGAUGGCCGAGAUGAGGAGCAUGCCGCUAACCAGCACAACAUGCCCUUUUGGAGGAUAUCAAGUCACUCAGACCUCUUGGCUCUUCAUCAAGCACUGGAAUUAGAGUAUUUGUAA